CGCUUCCAAACAAAGGGGAAGCUUUUGCGUAAUUUAAAGGGAACUGUACACAGACGCGUGUUUUGUUGUUAAGGUCUUCUUAAAAUGAAAAUCUUUUCGCAAGAACCUAGGAAUCAAAGGAAACGCAAUAAAACUAAGAAGUCAACCCCAAUGUGCAGAAUGGAAACAAUUUCUCAUUAAACUUAAUGUACUUAUAUUGCUUUUGCAAAGCAGUAAGGACAUUCUCCAAAUCAUCUGUGCCAGGUCUCUGUAGGGCAACUUUACUGAGAGCAAAACAAGCUCCACCGUAUCUCCAUUCCUCUAGGAUUGUUAUAUUUAAUUGGGACUUUGCAUCUAGCCCCAGUGUCGUCUCUUUCUGUGUGCCACAAAUCCGCCAAUUAAGUCUCAGCUCCAGUUCUCAUUUUCAAGUCUUCUGGCCAAAUAAUUGUCAAAGUAAGCAAGCAGAGAUGGCCGAGCAAAGAUUCUGCGUUGAAUAUGCAAAACGCGGCACAGCAGGCUGCAAGAAAUGCAAAGACAAAAUUAUGAAAGGACUUGUCCGCAUUGGCAAGAUAGUGCCCAACCCGUUCAGCGAGUCUGCGGGGGAAAUGAAGGAGUGGUACCAUGUGAAAUGCAUCUUUGAGAAGCUCGAGAGAGCUCGUGCAACUACAAAGAAAAUAGAUGACAUCACAGAGCUGGAGGGAUGGGAGGAGCUUCAGGAUGAGGAUAAAGAGCUGAUCAAUAAACAUGUUUCAGAAUUGGCUGCCAAAACCAACGCAAGUCCGAAAAAGAAAGUCCAAGCCAAGUUAAGCAACAGUGGGCAGCUGGCAGGACCUAAAGCUGACCCAACCGUCAAUGCCCCUCGCAAGUUUUCUGGCUUUACGGCUACCAAAGCUGGUUCCUCAUCCUCCAGUCCUGGACCAUCUCCAGCGAAACCCUCUCAGGGUAGUGCAUUAUCAGCUAAGCUAUGUGACCCCAAUCAUAAAGACUCCUUACUGCGAGAGUUUCGUAAACUGUGUGCCUUGGUGGCAGAUAAGUCCGGCUACAAUGCGAAGACUGAGAUUAUCAGGGAAUUCUUGACGAAAGGGUCUGGUGGAGAUAAGUUUAAAGGAGACCUGUAUCUGACAGUGAAGCUUCUUCUCCCAGGAGUUAUUAAGAAUGUCUACAACCUAAAUGACAAGCAAAUUGUCAAGCUUUUCAGCCGCAUAUUGAAUUGCAGUCAGGAUGAAAUGGUGCAGGACCUGGAACAGGGAGAUGUUUCAGAGACGGUGCGAAUGUUUUUCGAGAACAGCAAAUCUUUCCCUCCAUCGACCAAAAGCCUUCUGACCAUCCAGGACGUGGAUGCCUCACUUACUCGUCUGUCUCAACUCACCAAGGAGGAUGAGCAGCAGGCUGAACUUCAGGAUAUUGCCAAAAAAUGCACAGGGAACGACCUGAAGUGUUACAUCCGUCUGGUCAAACAUGAUCUGAAAAUAAACUCUGGGGCCAAGCAUGUUCUGGAUGCUGUCGACCCUAACGCUUACGAUGCCUUCAAAGCUUCACGUAACCUUGGUGACGUAAUUGACAGGGUACUGAAGAACCAGCAGGAUGCAUCCAACGGGACAGGGCCCAGGAAAAUCUUAAGUGUGGAGGCUUCUCUGAUGACACCUGUACAACCAAUGCUGGCAGAGGCGUGCAAGUCCAUCGAGUAUGCCAUGAAGAAGUGUCCUAAUGGAAUGUACUCUGAGAUCAAGUAUGAUGGAGAGCGCGUGCAGGUCCAUAAGAGCGGAGAUCACUUCAGUUACUUUAGUCGUAGUCUUAAACCAGUCCUCCCACAUAAGGUUGCUCAUUUUAAAGACUUCAUACCACAAGCGUUUCCUGGUGGCCAUAGCAUGAUUCUUGAUGCUGAAGUACUGCUUAUCGACACAAGGACUAGUAAACCUCUGCCUUUUGGGACUCUUGGGGUACACAAGAAAGCAGCCUUCCAGGAUGCUCAAGUGGGUCUGUUUGUGUUUGACUGCAUUUAUUUUAAUGGCGUCAGUCUCAUGGACAAGCCUCUCUGUGAGAGGAGAAAGUUACUCCAGGACAAUAUGGUGGAAGUUCCAAACAGGAUUCUGUUUUCAGAAAUGAAGCAUGUCACGCGAGGUAGAGAUCUGGCAGAAAUGAUCACGCGUGUCAUCAGAGAGGGACUGGAGGGAUUGGUACUGAAAGAUGUUAAGGGCCAAUAUGAGCCAGGGAAGCGUCACUGGUUAAAAGUAAAGAAAGAUUAUCUUAACGAAGGAGCAAUGGCAGAUACUGCUGAUCUUGUGGUGCUUGGAGCUUUCUAUGGCAAAGGCUCAAACGGUGGAAUUAUGUCCAGUUUUCUUAUGGGCUGCUAUGACCCCGAAUCCAAGAAGUGGUGCACUGUGACCAAGUGUUCUGGAGGCUAUGACGAUGCGACCUUAGCCAGACUGCAGAAGGAGUUAGAUGUUAUCAAAAUCGGCAAAGAUCCAAGCAAAAUACCAGGGUGGUUGAAGAUCGUCAAAAACUAUUAUCCGGACUUUAUUAUCCGAGAUCCACAAAAAGCACCAGUAUGGGAAAUUACAGGAGCAGAGUUUUCAAAAUCGGAAAUGCACACAGCGGACGGCAUAUCCAUCCGUUUCCCGCGCUGCACUCGGAUGCGAGACGACAAAGAUUGGAAAACCGCCACCAACCUUCAGCAGCUCAAGGAGCUGUAUCGUAUCUCGAAGGAGAACUGUGAUUUUGAGGUGACGGCUGGUCCAUCUGAAACUGGCCAGAAUGACAAGAGCUCCUCGGGAGGUGACAGCGGAAGCAGCUCACCCUCAACAUCUCAUGGAGCUUCUACUGCUAACAAAACCAAAAAUGGUCAUAGUCCCAAAGCCAAGUUAGUGAAAUCUGAACCACCCUCGCCUGCAGUUAAAAGAAAACUGCCCACCGAAAAACAAGUUGCAAAGAAGAUUAAAACCGAACUUGUCCACAGUAAUGGACAAAGCAAACUAAACACAUCGAUUCAAACAUCCGACACAAAGAAUGAAAAGACUUUACUGGACAUUUUCACAGGCGUGAAGCUCUACCUCCCAGAAUCCGUGCAGGACUUUGAGAAACUUCGGCGCUACUUCAUAGCGUACGAUGGAGAUCUGGUGCCAGAGUACGACUGCGGUUCGGCCACACACACGCUGGCACAGCCAGAGGAGGACAGUCAGAGCCACAAGGUCACCUCCAACUGGAUUUGGGAAUGUAUCCGCAAGAGGCGGGUGGUUCCACCCUGCUGAUCCAAAUUAUGGGAAUGCUCCACGGACACUAGCACCAAGCUCAGGCAUUUUUCCUAUAGUGACAUUGCUUCUUAGAGAACAGUAAACAUGUUUCACCCUCCCCACAACUAGGUUGUUUUGAAUGAACUUUUGUGAUUUUUCUUUUUAAAUGUUUGUCUUAAUAACGGCUUUACCAUAUUUUGGUAUCGCACACAGUCUUGUAGAAAACCUUAUUCUUAGAUUUUCAAGUUUGUUUUGGUUUUCACAUAUUUGUCAUACAUACUAGUAUGUUAUGGAUUCGCAUAUUUAUGAUUUUUAAAGUUUUCAGUGAGUGUCCCUAAGCGUGCUUCCGCUUUCUCAAUAAGCACGAGUUUCAAGCAAUGUCAUUUUUUUGUCAUUAUAGUAAACACAGAUUUGCCUGUGGUUCACAAGACAAUAGCAACAACCAUGAAGCAUAAUUAGAAAACUGACAAUUGUGUAGAAUACAAAUAAGCAUUUGUAAUCUUUUUUUUUAUUAUUUCAAGUGUUUCAGUCAUUUG